CAGAUAUACAGUCUGCAACAGUGCACCUAACGAUUAAACCAAAUAUUUAGUGAACAACACAGGUUUGGUUUUUAUGUAGCUGCCAGAAUAAAAGCAGUUCUCCUCACAGACGCUAGACGUCAGUAGAAAUAUUUCCAGAGGAUUUUUUUUUUCCUGUUUUCCGGGACAUAAAGUGAAAGUGUAGCUGCUUUAACACCAAGGUGCUACAGCUGUCCUGUUUUAUUCUGCAGGUUAGACACUGGGUCCUCUCUGCAGCCUGUGAGGAUGUCAGCUGUUAAGAUGACAGAGGGGAGUGUGCAGGUGGAGAGCUGCAAAGCCUCGUUGUUCUACAGACAGAGUGAACCUGCCUCGGGGGAAGUGAGGAUGUCAGUUUUACUCCUUCACGGCAUCCGUUUCUCAUCAGAAAACUGGCUCAACAUCGGCACUCUGGAGACUCUGGCCAAAGCAGGCUGCCGUGCUGUCGCCAUCGACCUGCCAGGACUCGGUCAGUCUAAGUCAGCCGUGGCCCCGGCAGCGGUUGGAGAACUGGCCCCUGCAGGUUUCCUGAAAGAGGUGUGUGAGCAGCUGAGCCUGAGCCCGGUGGUGGUGAUAAGCCCCUCCCUCAGCGGGAUGUACUCCCUCCCCUUCCUCCACCAGCACCAGGCUCUGGUACGAGCCUACAUCCCUGUAGCUCCCAUCUGCACCGACAAAUUUACAGCGGAGCAGUACCAGAGUGUAAAGGUCCCAUCGCUGAUUGUGUACGGCGACCAGGACACUCAGCUCGGAGAAGUGUCACUGAACAACCUGAGCAAUCUGGCCAAUCACAGGGUGGUGGUGAUGAAAGGAGCCGGUCACCCCUGUUACCUGGACGACCCAGACACUUGGCACAAAGCUCUCAUUGACUUCCUUAAUACGCUGUGAAGCUCCUCGCUGUGUGUCAGUGGGGAGAUUCUCAGCUGCAACAGUCACACAUAAAUGACUCACAGGAGCCACACAAAUAAGCACAUUAUUCAUUCAUGAGAAAUUUAGGCCACAGACGUCCUCCUGCACGAAGUGAUUCUCACUUUUUAAACAGUGUCAGUAAUAAAACUGGAAAUCAAGACUUUUCUAAUGCUAAGAGGAAACGAGGCUCAAACUUUCAAUGAUCAUUUGAGAAAAAUGCUUAUUCACUUUGCUGCCAAAAGUUAGAUGAGAAGAUUGAUAUUGGUAUAUGUUGUAUAUGAAGCUACCACUAACAGCUGGCUAACGUAGCUUAGCAUAAUGACGUGAAACCAAGCGGCAACCUCCGAGGCUGAAAAAUGAAGUCAAUGUGGAAGUGCUAAAAACUGCAGUUCCUUGAAUGGCCACUUGAGGCUGGCUCCAAAAGUGAGUCAGUCCCCUCCGACUACGAUGUAAAAAUGCCCAACUUAACAGUAGAAAUAAACAUGUUUACAGCCUGAUAUGGAAAAAAAAAAACGUCCAAGGUUCACCACGGUCUAAAGCGCCUUUCACACAUAUAGUACGUUGGAAACCUGAAAUUAUCUAGACAUUACCCGGAGGAGCUGUAUGUGAGAACAAAAAUGUGGGAAUCAGUUGAUUUAAACAGAUUUUUUUCAAGGAUGAAGAACGGUAAUAUACACGCAGACGGCAACAACAGUGGCUAACUGGAGAGAUUACAAGAUUCAGGAGCUUCUGUCAGAAAGGGCCAAAACCGAACGGAACGGCAAGAGACUCUGUUGGCUAUGUCUAAAAUAUGAAACGGCUACGUGAGCACUGUGUAAUCUGCUUUAUCGGAAUAUUUCCAGUUAACACAUUCUCACUCCGACCUUGUCACGUAUUGACGUUUGGUCAUGGACUUUCCACGUCCACAUACGUUGUGCAAGGUACCCUGGGUGUGUUGGUUGUUGACGUUCUGGGACACUGUGUCAAGUUCUGCCUGUCACAUGCAUUGUCUUCCGUUUUCACAGGAAAUUUAACGUUUACAUACAGUCUCUUGCAAAAUAAACGCACUACAUCAGUACAACACCGCAAAUUUAUGUCUUUUUUCCCCUUCAACAACAAACACAUGGUUAGGUUUAGGAAAAAAGAAUAGGGUUUGGGUUUAGAAUCUUACAGGACCGAACACAGCUCUCUGGGGUGAAAGUCUGUGUUUGUUGGACCCAUCCAUCACCCGUCCCGCCCACCCCAGUCGGACUUUCGUCACCUUAACUUUCGUCCUUGUCUUGUUGCGUUUCCCCUAAUGCCGCUGGCCACCGUUAAGCUAUCACAGCAACCGGCCGUGUAUCAUGCUGACGUUAAAGGAUGCCGGAGCACUGGAUUUCGACAACUUCGGAGUGAGACCAGGCUCUUCCAGUAGUUGAGAAUGCUUCUGACACAGACUCUCUUGUUGUGUGUUACAUGUUCUGAAAGGGAAACUCUGGACAAAUAACCAAACCGGUUUCCCCCAAGUUUAUAUUAGAAAACAGCUUAUUAGUCAGACCCACCCCUCGCUCCCCGACAGCUUCACCCCCUUGUCCAAAUAUGGUCACAUCUGGCUCCAAACAACCAAGAUGGCGACGGCAGAAAUGCCAAACCCAAGGCUUCAAAACAGGAAUCAAUAAACAAGUGGGUAAAAUAAUGGUGGUUACGUCCAUUAUUUUUUACUGUCUACCCUUGAAACAGGUGGAACAGCUGACCUGACAAAAUCAGCCCACUAUUAUGCAUGUUUUAUCUUGUUUAUUUAAUCUGUAAAAAAAAACCCUGAAGUGUAACGACAGCCAGGCUAGCCAUUUCCCCCAUUUCCAGUCUUUGUGCUAAGCUAAUUUAGCUGGCUAACCGUACAGACACGAGUUGUGUUAACCAUCUACUCUCGAUAACAAAGUGAAUGAGCGUAUUUCCAAGAUGUCAAAACUUUCCUUUUAUAUCACAAAAACUGCUUCAUAUUGUAAUCACAAGUAAAGCUAUUCAUGUGUUGAGUCUAUUGUUGAAAACUGAUUUUAUAUUUUCAAUGUAACCAGAAAAUGAAUGAACCUCCACCUGUGUCUCGACUGAAAAAACAAAACACCACACGCUGAAAUGAAGUGAAAAAUAUGAACAUUAUUUAAUAACUGAUUCUCUGUAAUAAACAAUUUGAAAAUA